GGCACCAUGAGUGCGCAUGUGCAGCUGCUGCCCACAAGGAAAGACUCUGAGCAGCCGAGACGCAGCGCUUCAAACGCUACAGAGCUAAGCCAGCCGCAGCUGUAUCAGAAUUAAAAGGAACACGACAUGCCGGUCACAGAGAAAGACCUGGCCGAUGACGCGCCAUGGAAGCGGAUCCAGCAGAACACCUUCACCCGCUGGUUCAACGAGCACCUGAAGUGCGUGAACAAGCGGGUAGGUAACCUGCAGACUGACCUGGCCGACGGGCUCCGGCUCAUCGCGCUCCUGGAGGUGCUGAGCCAGAAGAAGAUGUACAGAAAGUACAACCAGAGACCCACCUUCCGGCAGAUGCAGCUGGAGAACGUGUCGGUGGCGCUGGAGUUCCUGGACAAGGAGGGCAUCAAGCUGGUGUCCAUAGACUCCAAGGCCAUCGUGGAUGGGAACCUGAAGCUGAUCCUGGGGUUGGUGUGGACGCUCAUCCUGCACUACUCCAUCUCCAUGCCUGUGUGGGAGGAUGAGGGGGACGAGGAUGCCAAGAAGCAGACGCCCAAGCAGCGCCUCCUGGGCUGGAUCCAGAACAAGAUCCCCUACCUGCCUAUCACCAACUUCAGCAGAGACUGGCAAGACGGGCGCACGCUCGGGGCUCUGGUGGACAGCUGUGCGCCAGGUCUGUGUCCUGACUGGGAGAAUUGGGAUGGAGCCAAACCAGUGGACAAUGCGCGGGAGGCCAUGCAGCAGGCAGACGACUGGCUGGGGAUCCCACAGGUGAUUACACCAGAGGAGAUCAUCGACCCCGAUGUAGACGAGCACUCUGUCAUGACUUACCUGUCACAGUUCCCCAAAGCCAAGCUGAAACCAGGAGCGCCCCUCAAACCCAAACUGAACCCCAAGAAAGCCAGAGCCUACGGGCCAGGUAUCGAGCCGAGUGGGAAUACGGUGCUGCGCCCGGCAGUGUUCACCGUGGACACCGUCAGCGCCGGGCAGGGUGAGCUCACUGUGUACAUCGAGGACCCGGCUGGCACUAGGGAGGAGGUAAAACCUGUCCCAAACAACGACAAGAACAAGACCUAUACUGUGACCUACAUUCCACGAGUGAGCGGCAUGCACAAGGUGGUCGUGUUCUUUGCAGGGCAGCACAUCUCUAAGAGUCCCUUUGAGGUGAAUAUUGAGAAGGCUCAGGGAGAUGCCAGCAAGGUGACUGCAAAGGGACCCGGCCUGGAGUCGACUGGAAACAUUGCAAACAAACCCACCUACUUCGACAUCAGCACUGCAGGCGCUGGCGUGGGUGAUGUUGCUGUGGUGAUCGCAGACCCGCAGGGCAGCAGGAACACGGUGGAGGUGAUGAUUGAAGACAAGGGGAGCAGUGUGUACCGCUGCACCUACAGGCCAGCCCAGCCCGGAGCACACACACUCGACAUUGCCUUCGGAGGGGAGCCCAUCCCCAAGAGCCCUUACAGGGUCAACAUCGGGGAGGCCUGCACCCCAAACGCAUGCCGAGCCAGCGGACGCGGCCUGCAGCCCAAAGGAGUGAGGGUCCGCCAGGUUGCGGACUUCAGAGUGGACACCAAGAACGGCGGGAGUGGAGAGCUGAAGGUGGUGGUGAAGGGGCCCAAGGGGCUAGAGGAGCCGGUUAAGCAGAAGGACUUUGUGGACGGGGUCUACUCCUUCGAGUACUUCCCCCACUCCCCGGGGAAGUAUGUGGCAGCCAUCACCUGGGGGGGGCAGCACAUUCCCAAGAGCCCGUUUGAAGUUCAGGUGGACCGGGAGGCCGGUCCGCAGAAGAUCCGUGCCUGGGGUCCCGGGCUGGAGGGAGGCACUGUGGGCAGGCCGGCUGAUUUUGUUGUGGAAUCCGUGGGGACAGAAGUGGGAACGUUAGGGUUUGCUAUUGAGGGCCCGUCACAGGCGAAGAUCGAGUGUGAUGAUCAGAAUGACGGCUCUUGCAACGUGAGCUACUGGCCCACGGAGGUGGGGGAGUAUGCCGUGCACGUCAUGUGUGAUGACGAGGACAUCGAGGACAGCCCCUUCAUGGCACUCAUCAAGCCUGCCAGCGCCACCUGCAACCCAGACAAGGUGAGCGCUUACGGUCCCGGCCUGGAGAAGAGCGGCUGCAUUGUGAACCAACCUGGGGAGUUCACUGUUGAUGCCAAGGAGGCUGGAAAAGCAGUGCUGAAGAUCUACGCACAGGACUUGGAGGGGAUCCCGGUUCCUGUCCAGGUGAAGAACAAUGGAGACGGGACCUACGCCUGCUCGUACACGCCCACCAAAGCCAUCAAACACACCCUGGCUGUGGCGUGGGGGGAGGGCAGCGUGCCUAACAGCCCCUUCAGGGUCAGCGUUGGGAAGGGCAGCCACCCCCAGAGAGUGAAGGUGUUCGGGCCAGGAGUGGAGCGCUCGGGUCUGAAAGCCAACGAACCCACACACUUCACCGUGGACUGCACGGAGGCUGGGGAAGGAGAUGUCAGCAUUGGAAUCAAGUGUGACGCUCAUGUGAUCAGUGAGAGCGAGGAGGACAUUGACUUCGACAUCAUCCCCAACGUGAACGACACCAUCACUGUGAAGUACACCCCUCCCGCGGCCGGGCGAUACACCCUCAAAGUGCUCUUCACAGGCCAGGAAAUUCCCAUCAGCCCGUUCCGAGUGAAGGUGGAGCCGUCCCACGAUGCCAGCAAAGUGCGAGCCGAAGGUCCUGGGUUAAACAAGUCAGGAGUGGAGAGUGAGAAGCCGACUCACUUCACUGUGUUCACCAAGGGGGCAGGGAAGGCUCCUCUGGAUGUGCAGUUCAGUGCACCGCUGAAGGGAGAGGCGGUCCGGGACUUUGAGAUCAUCGACAACUACGACUACUCCCACACUGUCAAAUAUACCCCCGUGCAGCAGGGCAGUCUGGGAGUGGUGGUGAUGUACGGGGGGGAUCCCAUUCCCAGGAGCCCGUUCAGUGUGGGCGUGGCUGCACCGCUGGACCUGAGCAGAGUGACAGUGAACAACCUGGAGAGUCGUGUGGAGGUUGGCAAGGACCAGGAGUUUUCCGUGAGCACGAAGGGGGCAGGAGGGCAGGGCAGGCUGGAGGCUGUGAUCACCAGCCCGGCGAACAAGGCCGUGCCCUGCGUGGUGGAGCCCCAGCCUGGCAAGGACAGCAGCCUGGUCAAGUACAUCCCCAAGGAGGAGGGCUUCUACUCACUGGACCUCAGCUACGACGGGAGCCCUAUUCCUGGGAGCCCCUUCCUCGUGGAAGCCACUUUACCCCCAGACCCUUCCAAGGUUAAAGCCUACGGGCCGGGUCUACAGGGGGGUUUGGUUGGGAGCCCGGCUGAGUUCAUGAUCGACACGAAGGGGGCUGGGACGGGGGGCCUGGGGCUGACCGUGGAAGGGCCCUGCGAGGCCAAGAUCGAGUGCUCGGACAACGGGGACGGGACCUGCUCGGUGUCCUACCUGCCCACGGAGCAGGGGGAGUACCUUGUCAACAUCCUGUUCCAGGAGGUGCACAUCCCUGGCUCACCCUUCAGUGCUGACGUGACUCUGCCCUUCGACCCGGCCAAGGUGGUGGCGUCGGGUCCGGGGCUGCAGCGGGGGAAAGUGGGAGAGGCGGGGCUGCUCAGGGUCGACUGUUCCAGGGCAGGGCCGGGGGAGCUGGCUCUGGAGGCAGUGUCGGACUCGGGGGCCAAGGCUGAGCCCCACAUGGAGGACCACGGCAACGGGACGUACACAGCCACCUACACCCCGCUCCACGCAGGCAUGUACACGCUGCUGCUCCGCUACGGGGGCCAGGCCGUGCCCACGUUCCCAGCCAGGGUGCAGGUGGAUCCUGCUGUCGACACCAGCAAGGUCAAGGUGUACGGCCCCGGGGUGAAGGGAGAAGGAGUUUUCCGGGAAGCCACCACGGAUUUCACGGUGGAUGCUCGCUCCCUGACGAAGGUGGGAGGGGAUCACAUUAAGACCCGCAUCACAAACCCCUCGGGGGCGCAGACAGACUGCGUGAUCAAAGACCAGACUGACGGGACCUACGCUGCGGAGUACACGCCAUUCGAAAGCGGUGUGCACGCUCUUGCCGUGAUGUUUGAUGACGUGCCGGUGCCAGGCAGCCCGUUCCAGGUUGGCGUGGCAGAAGGGUGUGACCCGCGGCGUGUGCAGGCUCACGGGCCAGGGCUGCAGGAGGCGCUGACCCACAAACCCAACAAAUUCACCGUCGUCACAAGGGGGGCUGGUAUCGGGGGGCUGGGGAUCACCGUGGAGGGCCCCUCUGAGUCCAAGAUGUCCUGCAAAGACAACAAGGACGGCAGCUGCAGUGUGGAGUAUACUCCCUACACCCCCGGCAUGUACGAUGUGAACAUCACCUACGGAGGCCAGCAUGUUCCAGGCAGCCCCUUCAAGGUCCCUGUGAAGGACGUGGUUGACCCCAGCAAGGUGCAGCUCAGCGGACCUGGCCUGGGCUCGGGAGUGAGAGCUCACAUCCCUCAACACUUCACUGUGGACUGCAGCAAGGCAGGGUCUGCGCCCCUCAGUGUCUCUGUGCUCGCCCCUCGAGGAGUGGCAGAGCCAGUGGAGGUGGUUCACAAUGGGGACGGGACACACACUGUGGCCUACACUCCCUCCCUGGAGGGCCCGUACACUGUGUCUGUCAAGUACGCUGAUGAAGAGGUCCCCCGCAGUCCUUUCAGAGUGAAGGUGCUCCCCACUCACGAUGCUAGCAAGGUGAAGGCCAGCGGCCCUGGCCUGACCUCGGGACUCCCGGCCAGCCUGCCAGUGGAGUUCACCGUCGACGCCAGAGACGCUGGGGAGGGGCAGCUGUCAGUGCAGAUCACUGACCAGGAAGGCAAGCCGAAGAAGCCCAGUAUCCAUGACAACAAUGACAGAACGUACAAGGUGUCCUACAUCCCGGACAAGAUCGGCCGCUACACCAUCGUCAUCAAGUACGGCGGAGAUGAGAUCCCUGCCUCCCCCUACCGCGUGCGCGCCACAGCCACCGGGGACGCCAGCAAGUGCACUGUGACAGGGCCGGGGCUCGGGCCCACCAUCAGGGUCGGAGAGGAAGUUGGCUUUGUCGUGAACGCAAAGGGUGCUGGGAAGGGUAAGGUGUCCUGCACGGUGGUGACCCCUGAUGGGUCGGAGGUCGAGGCUGACGUCAUCGAGAACGAGGAUGGGACCUUCGAUAUCUUCUACACUGCCCCCAAGCCCGGGGCCUACGUGCUGUAUGUGCGCUAUGGAGGGGAGAGCAUUCCCAAGAGCCCCUUCAGAGUGACGGCAAGCGAUGAAGUUCCCCUGGUGGAGCAGCAGACAGUCCAGCAGCAGCAGGCAGCCCCUCUGGCCAGCCCCCUCGGCUUCCAGCCCUGGGUGACGGAUGGGUCAUACUCCCCGGUCAGUGGUAUGAAUGGGACGGGAUUCCGGCCCUUCGACAUGGUCAUCCCCUUCGCCUUCAAGAAGGGAGAGGUCACAGGUGAGGUUCACAUGCCCUCUGGAAGGACCGCCAAGCCUGAUAUCAGUGACAACAAGGACGGCACGGUGACAGUGAAGUACUCCCCCACAGAGAUGGGUCUUCACGAGAUGCACAUCAAAUACAACGGCAAGCACAUCCCAGAGAGUCCGCUGCAGUUCUAUGUGAACUAUGCAAACAGCCCCAACGUCACAGCCUCCGGUCCGGGACUCAUCUACGGGAUUGUCAACAAACCAGCCACCUUCACCAUCUUCACUGAGGACGCCGGGGAAGGGGGUCUAGACCUGGCCAUCGAGGGCCCCUCCAAAUCGGAGAUCAGCUGCACUGACAACAAGGAUGGGACCUGCACUGUCACCUACCUGCCCACACUGCCGGGGCAGUACAGCAUCCUGGUGCGCUACAACGACGAGCACAUCGUGGGCAGCCCCUUCAGCGCCAGGGUCACAGAGGACAACAGCAACCGGCGGCGCUCACAGCUUAAACUGGGCAGUGCAGCCGACUUCUCUCUGGACAUCAACGAGACUGACCUGAGUCUGCUGACCGCCAGCAUCAAGGCCCCGUCGGGUCGGGAUGAGCCCUGCCUGCUCAAGAGGCAGCCCAACAACCACAUCGGGAUUUCCUUCAUCCCGAGGGAGGUAGGCGAGCACCUGGUCAGCAUUAAGAAGAACGGCCGUCACAUCCCCAGCAGCCCCCUCACCAUCGUGGUGCUGCAGUCUGAGAUCGCCGACGCCAGCAAGGUGAAGGUGUUUGGACCCGGGCUGCAGGAGGCACGCACCUUCGAGAUGACAGACUUCAUCGUGGACACUAGAGACGCAGGCUUCGGGGGGCUGGCCCUGUCCAUUGAGGGUCCCAGCAAGGUGGACAUUCAGACCGAGGACGUGGAGGACGGGACAUGCAAGGUGUCCUACUGUCCCACUGAGCCGGGAGUCUAUCUGGUGUCCAUCAGGUUUGCUGAUGAGCAUGUGCCAGGAAGUCCGUUCACGGUGAAAGUGACGGGGGAAGGCCGAUUGCGAGAGAGUAUCAGUCGCCGGCAACGAGCCGCCUCCGUGGCAACCGUGGGGAGUGUCUGUGACCUCAACUUGAAGAUCCCAGAGAUCGACAGUCAGGAUAUGUCAGCUCAGGUCAGCACUUGUCUCUGCUCCUCACACUCUGCAUGUGUUUCCCUGCUCAGAGAUCGACAGUCAGGAUAUGUCAGCUCAGAGAUCGACAGUCAGGAUAUGUCAGCUCAGGUCAUCAGCCCCUCCGGACUCGAGGAGGAUGCAGAGAUCAUCGCGGCUGGCAACAACACUUACUGCGUGCGCUUCGUGCCCCAGGAGAUGGGCGUGCACACAGUGAGCGUACGCUACCACGGCCAGCAUGUCCCAGGCAGCCCCUUCCAGUUCACCGUGGGGCCCCUGGGCGAUGGAGGGGCCCACAAGGUGCGGGCUGGGGGCCCCGGCCUGGAAAAAGCAGAGACAGGGAUACCAGCGGAGUUCAGUAUCUGGACGCGGGAAGCGGGGGCUGGGGGUCUCUCGAUUGCUGUGGAGGGUCCGAGUCGAGCAGAGAUCUCAUUUGAGGAUCGGAAGGACGGGUCCUGUGGGGUGUCAUACAUCGCUCAGGAGCCGGGUGGUUAUGAAGUGUCCAUCAAGUUCAACGAGGAGCACAUUCUGGGCAGCCCGUUCCUGGUGCCAGUAUCUGCCCCCACGGACGAUGCCAGCAGACUCACUGUUACCAGUCUUCAGGAAUCGGGGCUGAAAUUGAACCAUCCAGCAUCCUUUGCGGUCAGGCUGAACGGUGCGAAGGGCCUGAUCGACGCCAAGGUGCACAGCCCCUCGGGAGCCCUGGAGGAGUGCGCAGUGUCUGAGCUGGAGACGGAUAAGUAUGCGAUCCGCUUCAUCCCACGUGAGAACGGCGUGCACUCCAUCGACGUGCGCUUCAACGGGGGACACAUCCCCGGCAGCCCCUUCCAGGUGCGAGUGGGGGAGCCCAGCCAGGCGGGAGACGUGGGGCUCGUCACUGCGUACGGGGUCGGCCUGGAGCGGGGGAUCACAGGCACUCAGUCGGAGUUCAUCAUUAACAACACUAAAGCUGGCCCAGGUGCCGUGUGUGUCACGAUCGAAGGCCCAUCCAAGGUGAAGAUGGACUGCCAGCAGAGCCCUGAAGGCUACAAGGUCCUGUACACCCCCAUGGCACCGGGCAACUACCUGAUCGGCAUCAAGUACGGGGGACACAACCACAUCGUGGGCAGCCCCUUCAAGGUCAAGGUUACAGGUCCUCGUCUGGUCAGUAUCAGCAAUGCCAAUGAAACCUCUUCCAUCACAGUGGACUCUGUGAGCAAGUCCAGCAGCCCCAGUGUGUACGGUGCCCUGCCCAAGCUCUUCUCUGACGCCAGCGUGGUACAGUGCACAGGGGCCGGGCUCAGCAAGGCCUACAUGGGGCAGAGGAGCAACUUCACUGUGGACUGCAGCAAAGCAGGUAAGAACAUGCUGUUGGUGGGGGUUCACGGCCCCACGACCCCCUGUGAGGAGGUGUAUGUCAAGCACAUGGGGAACCGGAAGUACUCGGUCAGCUACAUGGUCAAGGAGAAGGGCGACUACAUCCUGGCAGUGAAGUGGGGUGAGGAGCACAUCCCUGGCUCCCCCUUCCAUGUCACUGUCCCCUGACUCUCUCUGCAGCUUCCACACACACAGCGCUGCAACUUCAUUCUAAUCAAGAAAAAAGAAUUGCACUCCAUGAUGGAAAUGAAAAAAAAAAUGAUGAGAUUAAUAUUAAUUUUAAUUGAACUACGAUAAGAUUUGUUAUUAAAUAUGUUAUCAGGAAAAUGUGUUGCAUUUGGCUGUUCUGUAAUGCUUCUGAAAAAAAAAGAACCCAAGCUGUAAUACAAUUUAAUCUUAGAUGCUGAUUCCAGCUAAAGAAAUGAACUAAACUGGAAUUUCUUUCUGUUAUUUACUACUGAUAAAUGUCCUUUUGACUGUGUGUGUGUUUAUUUUGUGAUUUUCAUAGUUUCUCUAAACUCAUCUCCACUAUAUCACUAUGUAUUCAUAUUUCGACUGGUAUAAAAACUGCACUGGGAUGUUGACAUGCUUUUGUUAUGAGAGUGUGUCCUGCCCUUCUCACAACACUUCUUGUUUCAAGCCCAGGAUAUCUGAGGAUUCAGCAAGGGUAGUGUACUGGACAUGAGAUCAGACUCCAAUCACGACACACACACAAGGGUAGUGUACUGGACAUGAGAUCAGACUCCAGUCAUGACACACACACAAGGGUAGUGUACUGGACAUGAGAUCAGACUCCAGUCAUGACACACACACAAGGGUAGUGUACUGGACAUGAGAUCAGACUCCAGUCAUGACACACACACAAGGGUAGUGUACUGGACAUGAGAUCAGACUCCAGUCAUGACACACACACAAGGGUAGUGUACUGGACAUGAGAUCAGACUCCAGUCAUGACACACACACAAGGGUAGUGUACUGGACAUGAGAUCAGACUCCAGUCAUGACACACACACAAGGGUAGUGUACUGGACAUGAGAUCAGACUCCAGUCAUGACACACACACAAGGGUAGUGUACUGGACAUGAGAUCAGACUCCAGUCAUGACACACACACAAGGGUAGUGUACUGGACAUGAGAUCAGACUCCAGUCAUGACACACACACAAGGGUAGUGUACUGGACAUGAGAUCAGACUCCAGUCAUGACACACACACAAGGGUAGUGUACUGAUGAAGUUAUUACUCGAGUGGAACCUGUGCUCUGUAAUAAUCCCCUGCCCUGGUGUUGUUGACAGUGCACACGACACACACGAUGCACAAGGAGUAGCUCUUUCUGGUAAUCAUUUAACCCUCAAUAAUCUUUGGAAUAAUACCCUUCCUACCUGUAUGUUUAAACAUCCCACUGUUGGGUUUUACCCACAGAUUGCUCCCGGCAUGUUUGUUCUGUGACGCUUGAAUGUUGCACUGCUGAUGAGUUCCGCUCCCUGGGUGUGGUGCAUUUCGGAAUCUUAUUUGUAUUAAAUGGUUUUCAUUUUUACAUGAGCCUGUUUGCCUGAUGUGAAGAAAGUCUUAAUAAUGAUGUAUAAUAAACAAUAAAGUGGAAUAAGUC